AUGAGCCUAACAGAGGAGAAUGAGCUAAAAUACUUCGGUGUGUGCGAUCAGUGCGCGCUGGUGAGUAACGCCCCAGUAACGGCCUUGCAGUUCGACUCUUUUAUGCUUGUGGGGCGCCCAGUCAAUAUCGCAUCUGGUAACUGGGCCACCAUGGGCACAGCAACAAAGGUGCUUUCCGUUGCAGGCCGCAUCCUGGCGUUCGCCAGCGCGGUGAUCGUUUGCGGAAUCUCGGGAAGUUACGUGCACCGCUUGGAUCAGUGGGGCAUCGGCCACGGUAGCCGAAUCGACUACGUCCUCGCCCUCUCCGUCAUCGCUAUUGUGUUUUCACUAGUCCUUAUGCCACCGCUCCGAUACUCAUUCUGGGCCUUCCCGAUGGACGGCAUCAUGUUCGUCAUGUGGAUGGUCGCGUUCGGAUUGCUUGCCAAUCUGUCUACGCAAUGCGAAGGUGAUUGGUACUUUUCGAUGUGGACUCUAUCAUGGCGAUGGUCUGCUGGCUGCGGAACCUGGCGCGCCCUACUCGCCUUCACCUUCAUCAGCAGCCUCGUCUGGCUGAUGAAUGCCGCAUUGGGCCUCUAUGCGACGUGUCCGUGGGACAACCAAACAGGCCGCUCAAAGGCCACCCUGACCAGCCAUACCAGCCAUAAUAGCACAGGCAGAGUUGGGAGUCACGAAUACGUGCCUCAGACGAUGCAGCAGGCCCCGCCUCCUCGGCAUGAGGAAGUGGCCUAG